CCAAUGUUAAUGCUACCGCUCUUCAAACCCACACACAAAAUCUUAGUCCUUGGGACUUGUUCUUCUUCUCUCUGCUUGCACGAGUUGCGGAUCCAAAUGGAAGACACAAUCUCAGAAGCCAUGAAUGUACUCCCUCCAGGAGUUAGAUUCCAUCCCACUGAGGAGGAGCUUUUGAUUCGUUACCUGAAGCCCAAGAUUCUCGGACAACCUGACGAACUCUACUACAACAUAAUUCAAGAGAUUGACUUAUGCAAGUUCGAACCCUGGGACUUGCCAGGCAUUGCCGGUCACAUGUUCAACAGUAAGGAACUGUUUUUCUAUUGCUGCGUGAAGCGCAAGUACUCUAACAGCCAGCGCUCCAACCGAACGACGGUAGCCGGUUACUGGAAAGUGACCGGCAAGGAACGACGCAUCAUGAGCGAGACCAACGAGAAGAUAGGAAUCAAGAGGACUUUGGUGUUCUACGAAGGCCGCGUGCCUAAUGGCAAAAGGACCAACUGGGUCAUGCACGAGUAUCACCUAAAUUCCAAGUGUUUGGGCCAUAAUCACAAAGAAGGCGAGAUGCUGCCUUAUGUGGCAUGUCGGAUCAAGUACAAGAAAGACAAGAAACCGAUGAUGGGUCACGCUCCAACAAUCAGCCCUGAAGGCUAUUCAAGCAGCCCUUACACAUGCACUAGCAAUGUAUCAGACCCCCCUGGGAAUCAAGAAGGGGACUUGCCGAGCUUCUGCAACACCCCCAACAAUGAAGUCGCCGAUAACCGAGGAGCUGCUGAUGCUCAACCCCAGUUGUCACUGGAAGAGAUAAUUGAUUCGCUCUCUCCUUUGGAGACACUGGAUGACUAUGUAUUAGACUACAUCAACACUCCAACCUAUGAGCCACAAGCAGGAGCAGAGGAUUUCUCCUACGACCACAACGGGGAUGAGUUCAACUGUGGAUACGCGCCACCGUGUAGCAGCUCAGUAAAUUAUUCCGGUUGGGCUGGGACAACUUAUGAAGACUUCUCUACUAGAACGUACGACAAUGGUGGAUCCUGAUUUGGAAGGAGUGUGCGUGAGCGUGAGGACAUUUUUUACUUCUGAUGUAUCAACUUCUGUGAGGGUGGCUUUUGAAGUGUUGUGAAACACAUUUAGUUUCAUAAUUUGUGCGUGUCUUGGUUUCAGAGUCGUGCUUUUUUCUUUUAUUUCAGUUUGUGUGUUUCUGCUAAUUAAGAUGUAAUACUUUAAUAAAUAGUGU